GUAGAGUGAGGUAUAACUUCCAAUUCUGCAUUCUGACCUACAACCUUGGGGAGAGUGCUGAUACUACAGACCAGGAAGUGACAAAUAAUGUGCUUUAAACUACAUUAGAACUUGUCUUUUAUAAGGCGCAAAUUUUUCAUAACAAAAUUGGGAGACUGAAGCAGUGAAUUUACAUAGUUGUCAUACACAUUUGGAGCUCUGCUUCAAAUAAAGACUUUGAAGCAUACUCGGAAUACAAAACUUUCUGGGACAGAAAUUGAUCUUCUGACUUUUGAGCCUUAUCUGAUUACCACUUGGUUCAUCUUUAUUUUGUUAAACUCUCUAUAGGCUGAAACGGGGAGACUUUUUUCUUCUCAGAGCCUGACUAGACAGGAAUUCUGGCAAUUGCUCCAGCAGAACUAUGGCACUGAGCUAGGCUUAAAUGCUGAAGAGAUGGAAAACUUGUCACUGUCGAUGGAGGAUAAUGUGCAGCCAAGAAGUCCAGGACAAAGCAGCUUGGAUAACUCUGGGGAGAGAGAUGAAAAAUUAUCCAAGUCCAUCAGUUUUACUCGUGAAUCACUCAAUCGGGUUUCAGAAACAGAGUCACUUGAUGGGAAUUCAGCAAAAGGAGGCUUAGGGAAAGAGGAGCCCCAAAGAGAGAAACAGAUCAAAAAGAGCCCUUUACCAACUUCACCAAAGAGGUUAAGUAGAGUACCAUCAAAAUCACUGGACUUGAAUAAAAAUGAGUAUCUUUCUUUAGACAAAAGCAGCACUUCAGAUUCUUUUGAUGAAGAAAAUAUUCCUGAGAAAGAUCUUCAUGGAAGACUUUAUAUCAACCGUGUUUUUCAUAUCAGUGCUGAGAGAAUGUUUGAGUUGCUGUUCACCAGUUCACGCUUUAUGCAGAAAUUUGCUGAUUCUAGAAAUCUAAUAGAUAUAGUGUCUACCCCUUGGACUGCAGAAACUGGAGGUGAUCAACUGAGAACCAUGACCUACACUAUAGUCCUUAAUAAUCCACUUACCGGGAAAUGCACCACUGCCACUGAAAAGCAGACACUGUAUAAAGAGAGUCGAGAAGCACGGUUUUAUUUGGUAGAUUCAGAAGUAAUGACACAUGACGUCCCCUACCAUGAUUACUUCUAUACCCUGAAUAGAUACUGUAUCAUCCGAUCUGCGAAACACAAAUGCAGACUAAGAGUUUCCACAGAUUUGAAAUACAGAAAACAUCCAUGGAGCCUUGUCAGAUCUUUAAUUGAGAAGAAUUCCUGGAGCUCAUUGGAAGACUAUUUCAAACAGCUUGAAUCAGAUUUGUUGGUAGAAGAAUCUAUAUUAAAUCAGUCCAUUGAAGACCCUGGAAAACUUAGCAGCCUACGAAGGAGAAGGCGACCAUUCAACCGAACAACGGAAACAGUUCCUAAACUUUCUUCUCAGCGUUCCUCUGGAGAUGUGAGCUUAGAGACCAAAAUGGGGGUUACAGGAAAGAAAAAGGAAGUGGAAAGCUGUAGUACUGCUGUUAUUGUGGUGAUGAGUAUUUUCGUGCUGGUGCUGGUUUUGUUGAACGUGAUGCUGUUCUUGAAGCUGUCAAAGAUAGAGUAUGCUGCUCAGUCCUUUUACCGCCUCCACCUCCAAGAAGAGAAGUCUUUAAAUUUGCAGCUGAAGAGCUCACUUACUAUGCUUCAGAAAACUUUUGAUCUACUAAAUAAGAAUAAGACUGGCAUGGCUGUUGAAAGCUAGCGAUUUUAAGGACUGAAACUGUAGAGAUACUUGGAACUAAAAGAAAACAACUGGAAGAAAACCAGUGGAUGAAGGAUUUUGCCAUAGGGAUAUUUCUGUUUUCUCAUUAAGAUUUCUAAUGUGAACAUUCUUCUUUUCAAUAACAUUUAUAUGAUAAUCUCUGAUGGCCUUCACAUUCUAUCCUUUCACUUACACAUAUUUUUUUAAGCUGUGAACUUCCCCAGUGAACCAUGAGAUAUAUUGUGCAAUUGAAUUUCUAUGAUACAAACAGAAAAUGUGAGUGGUACAGUCUCAUUUCUACAAUGAGGCUUGACGUAUUAUCUGGUAGCGCAAAAUCAAUAUGGGUACGAUAGGCUGCUUCGUUAAGUUGAAUAAGCUCAAGAGGCUAAAGAAGAGAAUAUAAGAAGAAACCUCUACAUCAUUCCUAAUUUUAAAGGAUCAGUUUUGGGGCAUUAGAUCAUAACAUUUCGGGUUUGUGUACUCUAAUUAUUAUAAUGUCUUCAUUUAUUUGGCAUGCAAAUUCAAAAGUCAAACUUUUGAAUCUGUAUGUUGUUAUUAUUAUCUGAAAGGUUCUUCAACCAUCUUGUCCUAUCUUUAUGAGAGUUGUUUUCUCUUGGGUAGCUAGCUACCAGACAGCUACCAGAGGUGAGAUUAUCUUGCCUCCUCAUACAUCAAACGGUAAUAGAGUCAAUUUAGGAGAAGGACACAUGUAGGAUACCAGGAUUCAAAAUGAAGAACCAUCCAUCCUCUGAGUUUUCAAAACCAGAAGACUGUGUUAAAAUCAGGGUAUUUAGAGACAGAUCAAGUGCUUUAUUAAACUAAGCGUAGCUGUAGUUUAGCAACCUUUCAAGGUAGAAAUGAUCCAUCAGGUUGAAAAUCUGUCUUUGCGGUACCAUGUAUGGUUUUAUUGUUUGCAUUUGCCUGUGGCUUGUUUU